GCGCGCUCUUCGGCCGGCGCCGCUGCGCGCGGCGUUGGGGCGGGCCGGCAGGGUCCCGCGUGCGCGGAAGGAUCUGGCGGCGGAAAAAUGGAUGAUGAUGAUGAUGACAUUCCCCAGCUUUCAUCCCAGACGCUGGCUGCCCUCCAGGAGUUCUAUAUGGAACAGCAGCAGAGAGAGGGCAUGAAGACCUCCCAGGGGUUUAAUCAAUAUUCCAUUGGCUCAAUAGAAGAAGACUGGCAACUGAGCCAGUUUUGGUACAGUGAUGAGACCGCGUCGUGCCUGGCGAGGGAAGCUGUGCUGGCUGCUGGAAAGGGCGGCAGGAUAGCAUGUGUUAGUGCACCCAGUGUGUACCAAAAACUGAAAGAACAGGAUGGGAAAGACUUUUCAGUGUGUAUACUAGAGUACGACAGAAGGUUUUCUGUAUAUGGAGAAGAAUUUAUCUUCUAUGAUUACAACCACCCUUUGAACUUACCUGAAAAUCUCCUGCCACACAGUUUUGACAUUGUAAUAGCAGAUCCACCCUAUCUAUCUGAUGAAUGUCUUAAAAAAACUGCAGAGACCAUCAAAUACUUAACAAAAGGAAAGAUUCUGCUUUGCACAGGUGCAAUCAUGGAGGAGCAGGCUGCAAAGCAUCUUGGUGUGAAGAUCUGCAAGUUUAUUCCAAAACACUCACGAAACUUAGCCAAUGAAUUUCGAUGUUACGUGAACUAUACUUCUGGACUGGACUGAUUCUUGUAAGAAGAUGAGGACUGUUUUUUUUCAGUCAAGCUCGUUUCUGUUUUCUGUCAGUGACUCCACAUUUCUAAAUGCUAAAAUACUCAUCUCCAAGUAGCGUUUUCUGGGCUGGCUUUAAUCAACACAGUGUAAUAGCCUCUGUCUUUUAAAUGUUUAAGCAUUUGCAUCACUGAUUUUUGUAUCUUAUCAAACAGGUAAAUGGGGACCAAACAAUACAGGUGCUGGAUAAUGGGAACUUCUCUGUUACAGUGUCAGUCUAACUGGUAGUUUUUACCUUUCAAGGACUCUUCGUGACCUCUCUGAGGUGAUUUUAGUUUGGCUUCAAACAGCACAUAGGUGCUUCCCUCACAGGUAUCAGAAUUGUCACUGCAUCAGAACCGAUGACAUGGUAGCUAGUGGAUGGUUGAAAAAGCAAUAGUGGUCUCCUCUCAAUCUUGAGAGAUGCUUUUAGAGAUCACCUAGUCCAGCUCCCCUGCUAAAGCAUGUCCACCUAGAUCAAGUCACACAAGAACACAUCCAGGCAGGUUUAGAAACCUCCAGAGGAGACUCCACACUCUUAUCAGGUAGCUUGUGCCAGGGCUCCCUCGUCCUCACAGUGAAGAUGUUGUUACUUAUGUUUAACUGGAAGUUUUUGUCUUCCAGCUUUUGUCCAUUAGCUCUUGUCUUGUCACUUGAGACAAAAGAAAAAAGUACCACAGGUUCCUCUUGACAUAAACCUUACAAAUACUUAAAUAUAUUCUGUCAUUGAGCCAGCUCUCGAUCUACCUCACCAUCCACUCAUACAAGCCACACUGCCUGAGGUUUCUGAUGAGGAUGUUAUGGGAGAUGGGGUCAAAAGCCUUGCUGAAGUCAAGGCAGAUGACAUCUGCUGCUCUCCCCUCAUCUAGCCAAACAGUUAUAACCUCAUAGACGUCUUAUCAGCCUGGUCAAACAGGAUUUCCCCUUGGUGAAUCCAUGUUGAUUCCCCCAAUAACCAUCUUUUCCGUCAUGUAUUUACAGAUGACAUGUUUGUUCUGUGUCACAUUUUCAGGUUCACUGUCCAGCAGGCUGAUGUUUUUAUAAAGGAUAACUAGAAGAGAAAAUAGGUUUUCCAGGGAGGCCCUUCCAGCUGUUUUUAGUAAUAAUGAAAACUACUUAUCAGUUGCCAAGUAAGAGAAGCCCUACUAUCCACUGUUGUUGCCAGAUUGGUUUCUUAAACUCUUGUGGGUAUUAUUUCACCUCUUCUGUAAAGCCUUGUCACAAACCCAGGCUUUGGUUUUGUAAAAGCUAAGAUCUGUUUUGCCAUCACCGUAGCAACCUGUGUGUGUCUGUGUGUGUGUGUACACUGCGCUAGAGAAGAAGUAAUGGGAGCAGUUAAUGUCUCUGUGCAGAAGAGCUGUGCCUUUAGUUUAUGUUUAUGUGUUACUGCAACAGAAAGUCAGGAGCUCAGGAAAACUCACAUAACUGGGCUCUUCUGUUUACUAAUUAAGCUCAUCUCCAGAGGUGAUAUAAACCUGACGUCUCCUUGAAAAAGACACAGUAAGGAUUUCCCCAUCAGAGAGAGCUUUACUUUCAUGAAGAAUCCUGAACAUUUAUCAGGCAACAUUGCCUGGAAUCUAGAGUUGUUGAUAACAAUGCAUCCCCUCAGCCAAUCCAGGCUUCAAUGCUUCAGGCUGUGUUCAUGGCUUCCCACCUAUAGUUACUCUCCCUGUUGGUUGUGAGAUACAUCUGUUAACAGUGUGACCCUCUACACAUUAGUCCCUUAAAUCUUGAAUCGCAAUGGCUCUGAUUAAAUGUAGUGCCGGGUUUUUCAUAGAUUUUGAUGUCAAGCUAAAGAUGAUUUACAGGUCUGCCAAGUUUGUAGCUACAAGAACAGUCCUUUUCCUGCAAUUGCCCAGUUUUAUCUUUGCCUCCUGUUCCAGGAGGAGCAGCAGAGCAGGAGAACAGAAGCAUCUUGGAAAUCACUGAAUCUCACAAGGGCACUGCAGUAUAAUGCUUUGGUAAAAUCCUACUGCUUCUAAUAGACAAAUGUUAAAUUUUAUACACAAGGUUUGGGCUAUAUUUCAGUCAAUCUUAAAAUAGAUGAUACAUCAGAAAAACUCUGCUUUGGGAUAGUAGAGAUUUUUGGUAAUGGGGAAUUCUUAAAGCCAGUUUUGAGUAACCUUUUGACUAUGCUACUAAUGUAUAUUUGAGUGAAAGCUGGUUUCUUAAUUCCAAGACACUCAACAGUUUAAUCAGCUGUAAAUAUUCUAUGCAAACCAGAAGUACUUGUUUUUAGAUGCCAUAUUUAUAUAUUGGGACUAUGUCAAAAGCUAACAGAAAUGAUGCAUCUGCAAAAUGAAGCACCUAAAAUGAAGCACUGAGAAAUUUAUUUUGUGGUAGGAAUAAACCUGAUGAAGCUUGUGAGACAAGAUUUUUCAUAAGGUAGAGACAAUACUUGUGUUUCUGUCCAUUUCUGCUGUUUGGAUGCUGGUUUUCCCAUCUGGUGGAGUAAACAAAUGAGCAGGAGUAAUGUAAAUGGAAUAUAAUGCUCUAGGUGCUGAGAGAACUGUGCUUGCUGAGCUGGACACUACACGGGUUCAAAAAUAUUCACUCUUCCUCUCUUCCCCAUUUUCCAAGAGAUCUGUUUGCUUCCCAAGGCACUUCCCUCCUCACAUUUUGUCCCUGCUGCUUCCUCCCCCCUCUCCCCCCACACCGUGGGCCUGAGUUUCAUGAUACCAGUUUUCUUUCAGUCUCUAUCGGACAGGUAAUAGGUGAUGGUAGAACAAGAAAAGUGCAUCUGUGUCAGAGCUUGCUGAGAGAAUGGGGACUGGAGGAACAAACCUGCUGUGUUCCAGGAGGCUGUGUCAUUACUUUUAUGCCUCUGGUUUCAAAAUAAAGCAAACCAGCAGGUUAAAUGCAUGGGUAUUGGCACAAAUUUACACCUCACA